AUGAAAGACGAUGAUGCGACUUUAGCUGCUGUCGAAUUAUCUACAUCUUUAAUGCAAAUGGUUCAAGGUCGGGAGAAGAGACUUAUUAUGGGUCAAGCAUGUGAGAAACUUUCCAGACGGUGUUGCGUCUCGCGUUUUCUUCGUAUUAUUGGAGUUCGUCAGCCGCCACCUCAACAUGUGGAAGAACGGCUCAUUCAGAAAUAUGGUGAUGACUCUAAUGGCACCGACUACGAUGAAUCUCCUCAAUCUAAAGAUGUUUAUCCAUUCCUCCUCGAUCGAGAAAUUGGCGAAUGGCUCGUCUUUACAAAGUUCAUGAUUAUUCUCAGAGGGCCGCCGGGCUCUGGAAAAUCACACCUUGCAGGCUGCAUUAAAAUGCAUUUUCCCACUACUCAUAUAUGCAGUGCUGAUAAUUAUCAUCUUUCGAAUGCCAACCACUUUGAAGAUUACCGAUUUGACAGCGAAUGCCAGGAGGCAGCUCACCGCGAUUGUGAAGCAGAGGCAAAACUGUACGCUGGUCGGGGAGUAAGCCCCCUUGUCAUCGACAAUGCCAAUAUGCGAUCAUAUGAAUAUCGCCCAUACACAGAGAUAGCUCGUUUAUUUGACUACAAUGUGAUAAUGGUGAUACCACGAACACCUUGGAGAUUUGAUGUUCAAUCUCUAGCCGAAAAAAACGUCCAUCACUUUUUGGCUGAAACGAUCAGUUCAAUGAUAUCGCAGUUUGAACCAAUUGUUUACCCUCUUUAUUAUGGAUGGUGCUUUGCUGGCUCACCAAGUUCCAAUAGUAGUUCGAGCCUUUUACUUGAAAAGGCGGAUAAAAUCCUCCCAAACGAAGUAACCGAUAAAAUGAUAAAAGAGUUUCAUGAUUCCUUCUUCUCUGCUUUGGACGUACCUUAUGUACGCAGGCGAUUGGCCUCUCUUUGUGGAUUUGAUCAAGAUGUAGAUAGGGACCAGCUGGUCACUUUUUGGUCGUCAGCGGUUAAUCCCUGUUUUGGUAGCGUGUCUGAACCCUGCCAGGCUGUCGAAAGAGCUAGACCACAUUGCACCGCCUUCUUCGCCAAAUACGGUCAUGCCCCUGAUGCCUCCGAAUAUGCGCAGAGAAGUGCCGUUCGCGAGGCUUUGUUAGGAUCCAUUCAUACGUUUAACGUGGAGGGUCUCUUCAUCACAAAACGGACGGUCGGACUCCGUGUCCACCUCACCGACUCGGAUCAAUUCGCCCUUUGGGGUGGUCUCGACAAUGAAUUGGUGGAUGGAUAUGCACCUGCUCAAUCGCGACCACGGGGUUGUCGGGCCCACGUGACUUUGGCCUUGGCGUCCGGUGUGCCCGCAGCUGAAACAGGAUUUGACGCUCUGCGCAUUAUGGAUGCUGAGUUAGCUCACCGUCCGGAUGUAUGCAAAAUUGACAUGCCUGAUGGUAUCCUGCGAGAGAUUCUCACAUCUUCGCCGGCUGAUUCCGAGAGUCUAGAUUACACCUUCUAUUAUCAGUAUUCUAUGCCGAAAACCGCUCGCCUUAUCAACAACAACAACAACAACUAUAACUCCCCCUACAGAAGUGUCGAUAUGAGCUUGGAGACGGUGCAUCAGGAGUUUGAACAAAUCGACAUCAAUCACUACGGCUUCAUCACUCGUGCCGACUUGGAGAAUUAUGCACGAAGGACACACCAGAAUGAUAACUUCGUUGAUAAAUGGUUUGAAUGGUUUGAAGGGGAACACAAGGGCAUAAUAACAAUGGAGGAUAUCUGCACAACCCUGGGUAUACCAAUGCGGGAGGCGUACAGACAAAAAGUUGGUGAAACAAGGCAGAUGAUAUCUCAAGGCCUAAUUUCAGCGCCUCCUGAAGCAACCAAAGUGUUUGCCGCCCCGCCGGUGCCAUCAUCAACACCACCUGUGCAGAAGUCAUUGAUGGAUGGUGUUGAAGUGUUGCAGGGGAAUACCGCGCCCAGUGACAUCAUUAAAAGUUGUGUUCGUUUUGUCAAAGAAUAUCCUGAACAGCUUAAAGAGGAAAAAGAUAUGGCGCACUUCUUGAAGGUACAAAUGGAAAGACAGUACUAUAAACAUUGGCAGGUUGUUGUGGCCGGUUCAACCAUCGGCUGUAUGGUUGCUCAUGAAGCGAAAAAGUUCAUCCACUUUCGCUAUAACAAUUACAUCUAUAUCUUAUAUUUUGUACCCGAUAUGAGUUCACUGUGA